AAAGGUGUUUAUUUACAAGUGAUUCCGGAACAAAAAAACAACAGUACUGCCAUCAACGUCUACCUUAUGGGACAGCUUAAAAACAAUGCUGCCCCAUCCACAGCCCAAAAAUACCCUCCUAUGACUGAAAGAGAGGCUCCUUUUGUAGGGCUAGCCCCUCCCCUCAGAACAAUUAACCCUAAUUAAUUAAUCAAUUAACAAUACAAACCUACAUUUUCCAUGAACUAAACAUACUAAAGGAUAUACAUUGCAACACGGUUUUAAACAAUAUCACAACAUAACAUUUACAACAUUACAUCACUACUGACAAUAUCUUUCAAUAUGCCCAUAUGCAUUAAUGAGCCAUUUGGGACAGGCACUAUAAAGCCAACCCAAUUCCCUUAGCUUGGGUCCUUUUCUAGCAUACCCGGAAGCUACAGAGAUGGAGAGUAAGGAACAGAACAAACAAACAAUGCGCUCAUCCACAACAUUGAUAAGGAGGAGUGAUGAAUAUGUGUGUGCGUUAAAGAACCAAAUGCUGCCCGCGGCCAGUGACGGACUUCUACGUCACAUACUUCAUAAAAGUUCUGUGCAAGCUGUAGCCCCCCCACACCCCAUGGCUGUGGAGGAGCUGGGCAUCACCUUGUCCAUGGUGGGCCUGGCAGGCACCAUCCUGAUCUGCGCCCUGCCCAUGUGGAAGGUCACAGCGUUUAUCGGCACCCACCUGGUGGUCAUGCAGGUGUUCUGGGAGGGCCUGUGGAUGACCUGUGUGUCUGAAACCACGGGACAGAUGCAGUGUAAGAUCUACGACGCUCUUCUAGACCUGUCCCCUGACCUCCAGGCGGCCCGGGGCCUCAUUUUCAUCAGCAUGGUACUGGGCUGCCUGGCGUUCCUCGUCUUCCUCCUGGGGGCUAGGUGUACCAACUGCCUGAGCCGUCCCAGGGUCAAAGCCUGCAUGGUGCAGGCCGCAGGGAUCACCUUCACCCUGGCUGGGUUAAGCAUCAUAGUGGCUGUGUCGUGGACAGCCCAGUCUAUCAUUAGGGACUUCUAUAACCCGCGGGUCCCUGAGGUGCUGAAGAAGGAGAUGGGGGCGGCCAUCUAUGUGGGCUGGGUGACCUCUGGGUUCCUGUUCUGUGGAGGAGGGUUGCUGUGUACCAGAUGUCCUCCAGGGGGGAGAGAGGGCAGGCAUGGUUCCAGCAAUAGGUACACCCUGGCUAGGAUGCCCACUCACACUCACAGCAGCUACGCCAUAAAGAACUAUGUGUGAGAGGAGAGUGCUUUAUUUGCCUGUUAACUUCAGGUAAAUCAUGCAGGUGUUGGCACUCUGAAGAGCCAUGUCACAGCAUGUUUUUCCCUCUUUUGAACAUUGCAUGUGCAUGUCUGGUCGUUCAGUGUAUUGUCUGACUUUGAUGCAUUUAAAAUUGCCCUGGAACUAUUUGAUACAGUAGCUUUGGUGGAAGUUAUUAAAAAUAAGAUAAUAUUAGUUCAUUAUUGUUAUAAAAUAAGUCUGGCUUAGGUAAUUGUAGAUAUUCAAAUGUUCACUAUCCCCAUGAAAAAGGUCUGUUGAGGAAAUAUCUGUUAUUGAAAUAUAAUCACUGAAAAUCAACAGGUUACUGUUAUUGACAGUACAAGUACGUCCACUGAUUGAACCUGAUUGUUUUUACAUCCCUGUGUUGUAAUUCACAUCAUUUCAUUUUUUACAUCCUAUUAAACUGUGGUUAUUUCUUGUAAUGUGUUUUAGGAACAAUGUUUUUCACAUUUGACUUUGUGACUAGAAUCUGCUUUAAAAGAAAAUAAAUGCAGCAUUUUAGAGGGCAGCAAAUCAUGUUCUUUGAAUGAUUUGCGAUAUGAACCGAAUAUAAAUAAACAUUUUGAUCCUAAAUUA